UCCGGUCUGAGUUUGCGCAGUAGAGGUCGGUUUAAAUAGGAAUGACCUGUCGUUUCUUGAAGUCGGAACACUGAAAUGCUUAAUUUUUCUUUCACUUUGACCUUCUCUGGCAGUACUUCCGUGUGAAGAAUAAUGGCUGGUUCCGAGGCUCCAGAGAACCAGAAGUUCUGCUUACAGGAGGUGCUCGACACUUUUAAGCUGUGUCUAUCGCAAAACAAAGAAGUCUAUCUGGAACACUACGUUGCUGGUUGGCGUGGUCUUGUAAAAUUUCUGAACAGCUUGGGGAGCGUUUUUGGCUUCAUUUCAAAGGAUGCUGUCAACAAGAUCCAGAUCCUCGUGGGCUACCUGAAUGGAGAGAACGGCUCGGAGUACGUCACUGUGCAGUCUAUGGUUAAAUACGAGCUGGAGAGUGAGCUGGUGGACCUGACCAAGAGAGGCAGCCAUCCAGAGUCCGGCUGCCGCACUGUGCUGAGGCUCCACCGUGCUCUGAGGUGGCUGGAACUCUUCCUGGAACGCCUCCGCACCAGCACCGAGGACAGCAAGACAUCCAUCAUGUGUUCGGAGUCUUACAAUGAAUCCCUGGCCCAGCAUCACCCUUGGUUGGUCCGUAAAGCUGCAGGUAUGGCGUUCUGCGUGCUCCCCGGGCGUCCUGCUUUCUUUGAAGUGAUGAACGUCGGCCCCCCUGAGCAGGUUGUUGCCAUGCUGGGAGAAGCCCUGCCUCUUAUUUCUGAGGUGUACAAGAUCACAGAGGAACUUUAUGCUAAACAUAACCUGCUUGACUUACCGUAGAGAACAAGUCCUGUUCGCUGCUCCUGCACAUGAUGACGUAUCUGUAGCUGGUCCCUGCUGGAGGUGCUGUGAAGCUUCCUGUUUCUGCUCUUUCAUGAUGCCGAGAUCUGUCAUAUAUAAGUAUAUCAGCAACGUUGUUUAAAGCAGUUGGAUUACGUUUUUUAUAUAAUAUAGCAUGUUUAUCUUUUUGUCCACUUAUUCAAAAUUGUAAAAUUCUGCUUCUCUGUAGAUUAAUCAGCUUUUAACUUAAAUCAGUGAAGGGAAUUACACAAGUCUUAGCUCAAAGAUAAACACUGUUCUUUUUCUUAUUAAGCAAAAAGGAGACCAAGCCAGCAUGUAUUCAUUUGUAGGUGCAAUCUUUAUAACAAUGGAGGUUGCCAUUAUUUAUUUAGUAAAUAAUUUGUUUAGUUAGUAGUCACAGAAUUGUCAGCUUAAAGUGGAAAAUGUCUUUUUUUUCCAUGUUUUCCUCAUGCUUUAGGGAUCAACCAUGACUGAGAAAUGAGGUAUUACUCACAGCUCUGUUAACUUUCCUUAGAGAAUAAUCUGGCUUUUUAAGUUUCUCAUACAGUAGUUGAGAUAAAUAUUUCCAUGUUUAUGGUGACGUAAUAAAACUGGGGGUGAUUUGAUUUAAUUGUUAUUUGUAUGUUUAAAAUUUCAUUAUUUGAGCUUAAAGAUUUAUUGUAAAAAUAGAGAAAAGAUAAAAAGCAAACUGCUGUAAUGGGUUUUUAUUUAAAGUGAGUUAUAUGAUGUAAUCUGUGUAGCUUAAUACUGUUUUCCUUUUGGUUUUAAAUUUUUCUGAAUGUCAGAUUUGACUUUAUCAUCUUUGUAAUCUACAUACAACAAAGUUCAGGUGCACUACCUGAAACCAGCUUACCAGAUUAAAAGAAAUGGAUCAAAUUAAAA